UCACAGUGAGUGAACGUCGACCCGUGUAGUACCACAUCUGAUUGGCUCUGAGAAUGAAUAAGUGGCAUUCUCAUGAUCCACUUGCACACCGUCUCCAUGGGCCGUGGGCUCCGCCCCUCCCAGCGGUGUGGAAACAACACGCAUGGUCCGUGUAGACAGACAGACCUUGGCGAAGCUGCAGGAUUUCAGGCUCAGAUGGGCAACACUUGUGCGUGAAAAUGGAUAUUUCAAUGACCGGGGAAGAGCUAGCACAUCUCCGCGGAGGUGAAAACAGGGGGGAGGGAGAUGAAGAGGUGUGACUGAGGAGCAUGCAGUAGAGAGCUUUGUGGAUUGGCCCAGCAGCUAAAGCUCAAACAGUCUAAAGAUCCAGUAACAAAAUGCCAGAAAAAUCCUUAGGACCCUCCAGGCUCUGAAUCAUGGGAAAUGUUGAGAGCCAGAACGGGGACCAUGCCCUCUACAGUAAUGGACGUGGCUAUUUGUCACGUAAGCACAUGUCCCGGUCACUUCGCAUCUCCAACAAACAGUCCAGACGCUCUCGCCACGCUUCAUCAGGAAAAAUAGAGCACAGGAACUCUGAGACGAGCACACGCUCGAGUAGCACCCCAAGCAUCCCACAGUCUCUGGCUGACAAUGGCUUGGAACCGUUCAAUGAGACAAAUAUCCUCCCAGACUUUGGAAGUCCCAUUUGGGUAGAUCGAGUGGCCAUGAGUCUACGGCCUGUCUCCUUUCACAAUGAUCUGGCUAAUCCUUCUGUGCACAUGAAUACGAUGCACAUAACCCUACCUGGUCCCACAGCAGAGGAGGUGCAGGAUGAAGACUUGUAUACAACAGAGGUGAAAUACCUCCAGAAGACCAGAGAUUGCUCCAAAGAGACAGUCAGCUUCAAAAAGAGGUCCAAAUCUGCAGACAUGUGGCGAGAUGACAGCCUAGAGUUCUCCCUGUCUGAUGUCAGUCAAGAUCACUUGACCAGCACUGAGGAGAUCAUAGACAUGGCCAAUGAAAGAGACUUUACCGACUGUGAAGGCCACCUGCAGCCCAGCCCCACAGACUCCGCUGACAGGGCAAACUCUCUGGAUGAGCUGUACAGUAACACGAGUCCAACCCGAAAACAGCCCCAUGGUCGCUAUGCCAAGUGGCAUGACACCAACAGAUCUAUCAGAGAGAGUGAGGAUGAUAAGAUGCUCUCCCCUUCAGAGGAGGAUGGGAACACUUAUGGUGCAUACACCCUUCCCUGCCGGCGUUCCCAUUGCCUGUCCGAAGGCCUGAGCAACCACCAAGCCUCAAUAUGUACUAGUAUGCAGGGCAGGAGGGCGCAGACUAUACAGGAUGUUACAGCUGGGGAGAGCAGCGAGUAUGAGGACAGUGGAAUCGAUGGGGUGAUGGUGGAAGCAGAGCACCAGCCUCGCCGCUACAAGACCAUGUCAGCCUCCUUCUCCAUAUGUUCAGUGCACAGCAGAAACAUGUUUGCUGGCAGUGACAGUGGCAGCAGUGGUGGCGGCGGGGCCAGCGAAUGUGUACAGGGUGUGUACGAAAACUUUCGCCAGGAACUAGAAAUGAGCUCCUGCCAGACGGAGAGCUUGGAAGAAGCAGGCUCCGCCCUGAGUGAUGAGCAAAGCACUAUGAGCUCCGCCUACCAGUCGGAUCUGUUACUUAGCGUUGUCCAGGGGAUGGUACGCAAAGCUGGUAAACUUGCUGUCAAGAACUUCCUCGUACAUAAGAAAAACAAGAAAGUGGAGUCUGCCACGAGACGCAAGUGGAAGAGUUACUGGGUUUCCCUGAAAGGGUGCACUCUCUUUUUUUAUGAGACGGAUGGCCGUUCAGGAAUUGACAACAACAGUAUUCCCAAGCAUGCCAUAUGGGCAGAGAACAGCAUUGUCCAAGCUGUGCCAGAGCAUCCAAAAAAGGACUUUGUGUUCUGCCUCAGCAAUUCCUUAGGCGAUGCAUUUCUUUUCCAGACCUGCAGCCAGACAGAGCUAGAAAACUGGAUCACAGCUAUCCACUCAGCGUGCGCGACUGCUGUUGCCCGCCACCAUCACAGAGAGGACACAGUUCGGCUGCUUCGUGCUGAGAUCAAAAAGCUGGAGCAGAAGAUCGACAUGGAUGAGAAAAUGAAGAAGAUGGGAGACAUGCAACUAUCUGCUGUGACUGACACCAAGAAGAGGAAAACAAUCCUGGAUCAAAUCUUCUUGUGGGAGCAGAACCUGGAGCAGUUUCACAUGGAUCUGUUUCGCUUCAGGUGCUACCUGGCUAGCCUGCAAGGAGGAGAGCUGCCCAACCCCAAACGCCUCCUGGCCUUUGCUUCUCGCCCCACCAAGCUGGCAAUGGGUCGACUGGGUAUAUUCUCAGUCUCUUCUUUCCAUGCACUGGUGGCUGCUCGCACCGAGACCGGAGUGCGACGGCGAACACAGGCCAUGUCCCGUUCCUGCAGCAAACGCAAGAGCAGGUUCUCUUCCCUCUGGGGUCUGGACACUACCUCAAAGAAGAAGACAAAAGCCCACCCUACAGUCAGUCAGGUCUUUGCUAAUGGUGAAGAGCCAGAGAAAAAGCUUGCUGAUGGCAUAUAUGUUGAUCCUGUUAAGGAAAACACAAAAAGCGAGGAAGGCACUGUGAAAAGCUUCCCAAGAGUUAACACUGAGAGUGACAUCUGGGUCCCUGACCACCUCACUCCCUCCUGGGUUUGCCUGCCAAAUGAUCAGCCUGUGUUAACCAUCAUCCAGCCGGAGGAGUCUGCACUGUGUGUUCUUGAAUCCAUCUGCAAGACUCACGAGCUUGAUCCAACCAAACACUACUUAAGACUGAAAUUCCUUAUCGACAAUCAAGUGCAAUUCUACAUUCCUAAACCAGAGGAGGAUAUAUGUGACUUGCUUUACAAAGAAAUUGAGCUCUGCUCCAAAAUAACAAAAGUAAUCCAGUUUGACAGAGAUGAAUCUUGUAUGAUUGGUUACGGUUUCUCUAUUUCCGUGGUGGAGGAAGACGGAGUACAGCAGCUCUACAUCACUGAUGUAAAGGCAGGGGGAUUAGCCUUUGCCAAAGGUCUAAAUGCAGGGGAUGAAAUCCUUCAGCUUAAUGGGAAAAACUCUCACAGUCUCAAUUUCUCCGACAUGAAGGCAGCGUUCUCUCAAGCCUCGCUUGCUUUGACAGUCAACACCCUGCCUUCCGUGGAUCGCCGUCAGCUAUGCUACUUGCCGCCGCGUCGCUCAGAUUCAGCAGAAGAUCUCUACACUGACAUCUUCUCCCAGAGUCAAGAGGAAAUCCUGGAUGAUGGGGUGGGUCUGUUGCUUGAGAGCUCUGGAGACAGCCUGGAUGAUGAUUCUGAGAUCUUCUGUGAGUUUGAUGAGUGCAAAAAGAGUACGGAGCAGGUUGCUGCUUUCUGCCGCAGUCUCCAUGAUAUGAAUCCCUUGGAGUGUGUGUCCUCUUCACCGAGCCCGGACUCACCCUUUCCACCUACCACAACUCCCCGACAGCUGUCCGAUGCUGACAAGCUCCGCAAAGUCAUCUGUGAACUUGUGGAGACGGAACGCACCUAUGUCAAAGAUCUUAAUUGCCUCAUUGGGAGAUACUUAACACCACUGCAGAAAGAGAUUUUCCUCACUCAAGAUGAGCUGGAUGUUUUGUUCGGCAACUUGCCAGAAAUGGUGGAGUUCCAGGUUGAGUUCCUCAAGACCCUGGAAGAUGGGACCAGACUGGUACCGGAUCUGGAGAAGUUGGAGCGAGUGGAUCAGUUCAAGAAAAUCCUCUUUUCCCUGGGAGGCUCUUUCCUGUACUAUGCAGAUCGAUUUAAAAUCUACAGCGCUUUCUGUGCCAGCCACACCAAAGUCCCGAAGGUUCUUGUAAAGGCCAAAACUGACCCUGAUUUUAAGGCUUUCCUUGAUGAGCGGAACCCAAAGCAGCAGCACUCUUCAACCCUUGAAUCGUACCUCAUCAAGCCCAUACAGAGGGUGCUAAAGUAUCCCCUCCUGCUGAGGGAACUGUACUCCCUCACAGACCCAGACAGCGAGGAACACUACCAUCUGGAUGUUGCUAUGAAAGCCAUGAACAAAGUUGCCAGCCACAUCAAUGAGAUGCAAAAGAUUCAUGAAGAAUUUGGAGCAGUGUUUGACCAGCUUAUCACUGAGCAGAGCAGUGUAAAGAAAGAGGUUGCUGAUCUAUCAAUGGGUGACCUGCUGCUCCAUAACACUGUGACCUGGCUCAAUCCACCUGCAUCUUUAGGAAAGUGGAAGAAAGAACCACAAAUGGCUACGUUUGUGUUCAAAACAGCAGUGGUUUUUGUAUGUAAAGAAGGGUCCAAGCAGAAGAAAAAAAUGGGGGGCUCCCAUCGAGUCUCCAUGUCUUCAGAAGAAAAAGACCCCUUUCGAUUCCGUCACAUGAUCCCAACAGAUGCCCUUCAAGUCAGAUCAUUGGCCAACGCAGAUGGCGAGAACUCUGCUAUCUGUGAAAUUGUUCACACAAAAUCAGAGUCAGAGGGAAGGCCAGAGAGGACAUUUCAACUGUGCAGUAGCUCUCCAGAGAGCAGAAAAGACUUUCUGAAGACUGUCCAUUCCAUUUUGAGGGAAAAGCACCGCCGGCAGCUCCUUAAAACAGAGAGUUUACCCCUCAGCCAGCAGUAUGUGCCAUUUGGAGGAAAACGACUCUGUGCCCUGAAGGGAGCCCGUCCAGCCAUAAAUAGAGCCGCAUCUGCUCCAACCAGGACACUUGGUAGAAGGAAGUUAGUGCGCAACCGUUUCACCAUAGACACAGAUAUUGUUUUUGAUGGAGACCCUGAACAGCAGGACCUUGCAUCACCACAGGAGCCCGAGCCAAAAAGGUUGCAGCAGAAGGAGGAAACAGAUCAGCAGAAGCAGCCUGAAUUAACAGCUGACACAGACCGCUGGGUGGAGGAGCAGUUCGACCUGGAGGAAUACGAAGACCAGGAGGAGGUGAAGGAGACGGACAUCCUCAGUGACGACGAUGACGAGUUUUGCCAGACACCCAGAGCUCCAUCCAGCGAGGCUGAUCUGGAGGGCCCCAUGAUGGCUUUGUCCUUAGAGGGUGCAGAAACAGAGGAAAGUGAAAGCCUUAAAUCUCCGACUGUUAGUGAGACACCUGAUGAUGUGAAGCUAUCUGACAUGGAGAAAGAGAGCUCCAUAUCAGACAACAUGGAGGAUCAGAAUCAAACGGAGAAGGGUGAGGUCUGGGUACGAAGGGAGCUAACUGAUUCACCCCCAGACUGUGCCACGUAAAAGCUAAUGGGGACAUGCUUGUCUUUAAAUUGGCUGCACAAAUGUCACUCAUCACAAACAAUGCAUGAGCAUUGAUGUAUAUUGCACAGCUCGUAGAAGAAACCGUAUAUCCUUUACCUUACUUAUGCUGAAUGCUUUUUUUGUACAAGUGAGAUCAUUUUUUCAGUGGAGCAAUAAAGGAAUCCAGAAUGGGGGGAGCUUCGUCCCAAACCAGAUGCUGUUUCAUACAGUAAAUGUCAAGUGUUAGCUUUGAGAGAUGAACUAACGGGACAAUCAUGGAGUCUAAUCACUUGCUUUGAUUGGCAUGGUUUGCACAUUAGGGCGGCAUUCUACAAUCCUGCCUGCUGUUGCCAAAUUUGGUUGUUGUGAGAACAUUAUUAAUAUUGGUUUAGUCUGUGUGACUCAGAGAUAUUAUCCUAGUUAAGGGCUGUAUAUUAUUUGUCCUGAAAGACAUAGAGUAAUAAAUUGCAAACAGCAGUCUUGUCGUGCAUAGUUUACUGUACUUGUAUAUUUUCUCAUGAAUACACACUGACUUGUAUAAUUAUUUUGUGUAGUGUUUUACAGAUUAAAAUGAAUUUUAGUCAGGAAAAUAUUUUAUUUCUGUUGUGACAUUUAAUAAAAAAAAUUAUGUAAUAGCCCUCAAGCCACAUACACGAAGGGAUUUUAGUUUAUUUAACAUUAUCCUGUUUUACUUGAAAUUUGUAUUUGCUGUUUCAUGAUUUUUCUUGACUGUGAAACUAUUUUUUAUUUUAACCUAUUUGCUUUUCAGUAUUGCCACUCAUACACACUCACUGAUACUGCACACGCGGUAUUGUAGAUAUAUACACUUCAGCUUCUUUAGAAGGUCGUGUGUGCUCAGAAAGACUGUUUACUAGUAAUUAAUUACAGUUACAAAGCAAUGCUUUAUUUAUUCAUAUGUAAAAUAAUUUGUUAGCAUCAAACAAGUAACCUUUUUUCCACAAAGAAAGUCCAAAUUUGCUCAUGCAAUCAAGGUCAAAUACUUGCAGUAUGCCUGAACACUGAAAGAAGUCAUACUGGUAAACAACUCAUUGUGCUACUAAGACUGCAUUUUUAUUACUGUGUAUAUAUGAAAUGUAUUGAUAUCGUAAUAAAUACACUUGUUUCCUACUUAUAAUAAA